AUGGUGCUUGCGCAGGCUCGGCUGCAGGCGCAGAAGGCGGUGGCCAAGGCCGGCGCCUCGAUGACGGCCACGGGUAUCCACGUCCUCGGCGGUGCGUACCUCAUCCCGACACUGCGCCUUCACGCGCCCGUCCGCGUCAACGGCGAGUACGACAUGCGCCGGCUCGUGGAGCAGUCGCGCGUGAACUGGAACCUGCGGGGGCCCGUGAUUCUCGACUUGGCCAACGUGAGCUCCAACGGGUCACCGCACAACUCGCCGAUCCGGUCUUCGGAACUGCGCUCGCUCAUUUACGCCCUCCGCAGCGAGAACCUCCAUCCGAUCGGGAUCACGAACGCCAGCGAAGACAUCAAGGCCAUGGCAUGGAAGUCGCUGCAGGUGCCAAGCAUCAUUAGCACGCGGCUCGAAGACGACGGCGACUACGAGGCGAGCGAUGCCAUGAACCGCGUUGCGAUGCACCAGCUCAUGGAAGAGGCGAUGGGUCACGAAGAAGCGGCGCAGGCCAUCAUCAGCGAGCGCCUCGACACCUCGUCGGCCGCUGCCGAAGCCCCGGCCGCCGCACCUGCACAACGUGGUAUGAUGGUUGUCGAAGGCUCGGUUCGCACUGGUCAGCAAGUCUACGCCAAGGACCAAGGGCUCGUCGUUCUUGGCUCGGUCAACUCUGGCGCCGAGGUCCUUGCAGACGGCGACAUUCACAUUUAUGGCACGCUCAAGGGCCGCGCGCUCGCAGGCAUUGGCGGCAACACGGACGCUAAGGUGUACGUGCAGAAAUUUGACGCCGAGCUCAUCUCGAUCGCCGAUACAUUUACGACUUGCGACGCCCUUGAAGCGCGCGAGAUUGGUCACGUGGUCGAUGACAAGCCCACGAUCGUGUGGCUCGAAGACGGCGCGCUGCAGUUCAAGUCCGUCGUACCCGGCCCGUAGUGUUAGUACCAUUUCUACUUUUUCUACAUUUUUCUGC